GGAAUUUUUGAUGUUAAUAACAAAAAUUUUAAAGAUGGCGCUGGAAUAGAUGAUAUUGGAGCACAUUAUGGAAAUUGUAUGAAGGAUGAUAAUCUACAAAAAUGUAAAUAUAAAAAUUUCUGUGGUUUUACAUUUCAAAAUCAAAUACAGUCAAGUUUUAAUCCAUAUUUUCAAAUUGAUUCAAAAAAUGAUAAACAAUUGUCUUUGAUUAUACCAAGUGAAAUUGAAAAUUCAUAUAGCUAUCUUAUUUCUCCAAUUUACAAUAAUGCAAUGGAAGGAAACAAAUGUCUACAAUUUUUAAAUGUAUCUACUAGAGGAAUAGUUCAAUUUGAAUUAUUUGUCCGAAAACUGGAUCAAAAAGAAUUUAUAUUUUUCCAAAAUGUUACAAUUAAUAAAGAAAAUUGGAAAAUUUCAAUUCCUGGUGAUAUAAUUCAAGUAAAAUUUAAAUUUUUUGCUAUUUCAUUUGCCUAUCAACAAGCCACUUUUAAAGAUAUUAACAUUGUAGAGAAAGUUUGCAGGGAAAAUGGUUAG